CGCCGGGCGCGCAUGCCUGGCGGCGCCGAACGAUCCGGGCAUUUUCAAAAUACACCGAAGCAGCGGAGCGGAGCGGAGCGGAGGUUCGGAGAGAGGAGGAAUCGCUGCUUUCCGAUUGUCGUGAGAGGGGGCCCGGCUUCCCCUGGGGAACAGGGUUAGAAAGAAAGAAAAUAAAGAGGGACUCUUUUUGAAGGAAAUAAAGUAAUAAGAUAUCAUUCAAGCGUGAGCCGAGAUGUUUUGAAGUGCGGAGGUUGUGGAGGCGGCCGGACCGGACUGUGCUGAGCUGCCCUGCUCGGGAAGAUGCAUCUCCAUCAGGUGCUGACUGGAGCUGUCAAUCCCGGGGAUAACUGCUACUCGGUUGGGGGUGUCGCUGACAUCCCGUUCACGGCAUACGCUUCAGGAUGUGAUAUAGUGAUCCUUGGAAGUGAUUUUGAAUGUGUUCAGAUCAUCCCUGGUGCUAAACAUGGCAAUAUCCAAGUGGGCUGUGUGGAGUGCUCCCUUCAGCAAGGCAGAAUUGCUGCUUCAUAUGGGAACACUGUUUGCAUCUUUGAGCCAGUACUUGUAAGCCAUUACAAAAGAAAACUUAUCCUAAGUUAUCAAUGGCAAAAGACGGGGCAGUUCUUUCUUCAGUCUAUGGCAUACAACUUGGCUUGGGAUCCACAAGGUAACCAGUUAUUGACAGCUACAGGUUAUCUACAGUUGUGGUCACCCCCUCCUGCUGACAUUUUAAAAGAAGAAAGUAGUCCUGCUGAGAAAUUUCAAUUAAAUCCUGAUUUAAAUGAUUGGAAAUGUAUCUGGCAAUGCAAGACUGCUAUUCCAAUAUAUCUGAUGAAAUGGUCCCCUGAUGGAGAAUACUUUGCCACAGCAGGGAAAGAUGACUCCCUUCUAAAAGUAUGGUAUCUUACCACUGGCUGGAAGUCUGCUGUUAUAGGUGCAGAAGCAUUUGGGGAAAAGAAUGCUUCUUCAGCUGUACAUUUUUCCUUUGUGUAUCUGGCACAUCCUCGUGCAGUAACAGGAUUUUCAUGGCGGAAGACUAGUAAAUAUAUGCCAAGAAGUUCUGUGUGCAAUGUACUACUGACUUCAUGUCAAGAUGGCGUCUGUCGGCUGUGGGCUGAAACCUUAUUGCCAGAAGACAGUCUUCUUGGAGGACAAAUGAUGACAGAAUCCACCAUUAGUACUUCAACCAGCAAUCUUCCUCAUGAUGGAAGUCAAAAAGACAAAAUUCAGCAUGCUCUGGAGACAAUCCACCAUUUGAAACAUCUAAGAAAUCGUCGCAGAUCGUCAGUUCUGGCUGCCCAUAUUGAAGUUUUGCCGAGCCAAUUGGAAUCGCAUGAAGCCCACAGACAGAUUUCACACUAUGUUAACGCACUUUGUCACUUUCAUAUUGCAGCGAGUAUUAAUCCAAAUACAGAUAUUCCACCAGCGCUAGCUGGCACAGCUUUUAAUAUUGAAGAAGGAGGUGGAAAUUUUGUAGUUCACUGGCUGAACAAUAAAGAACUGCAUUUUACGUCAUCUAUGGAAAUAUUCGUGGAGCAAUUAAGAAAGCUCACAGAUCAGGAAACAGAGGAUGAAGUUGACACAGCCAGUCAGAAUGGAUUGAAAAUGAAACUGGACACCAGUGAGCAAGAACAAGAUGAAGCUUCAGAGAAAGGAUCAGAGUAUGAGAAUGAAGAGGCUAAACAAGAUGGGAACACUACAGUAUCUACAUCAUCAGUUGCAGGAAUUUCAAUGCCCACUAUAUUGUUAGAUCGAAAACUUGAAACACUGCAAACAGAAUGGAACAGGAAUGCUGAUAUGCUGUUUACAAUCCAUCCUGUAGAUGGCUCAUUUUUAGUCUGGCAUGUAAAGUAUUUAGAUGAAUAUCACCCAGGAAUAUUCAGACAAGUCCAGGUCGCAUUUUCAUCACGGAUUCCUGUUGCUUUUCCUACUGGUGAUGCUAACUCGCUCAGCAAAAAUAUCAUGAUGUAUGCAUGUACUGCUAAAGAUGCUAAGAACCUUCCAAAUAAUGAUCCUAAUCUCAAUGGGAUGAUCCAUUUUGUGAAUAGCUCAAAAUUAAAUAUCAUCACUCCGGCAGUUAUGAUGAUAUCAAAGCAUGUUGAUGGAUCGUUAAACCAGUGGGCAGUAACUUUUGCUGAAGAAUCUGCUUUCACCACAGUUCUAAUGGUAUCGCACAAGUUUAGAUAUUGUGGACAUCGUUUUCAUCUGAAUGACUUAGCUUGCCAUUCAGUGCUACCGCUUUUGUUGACCUCUUCCCAUCACAAUGCGCUAAUGACUCCUGAAACUGACUCUGGUGAAAAGGAAAAACCUGUGGUAGAACUUGUAAAGCCCUUAAAAGGGCCAACUUCACAGCAAGUUACAAAUGCUGCUACAAGAACAUUUCAUGAUCCUAAUGCCAUCUACAGUGAGCUGAUACUUUGGCGUAUGGAUCCAAUAGGACCCUUGUCAUACUCUGGAGGGGUUUCAGAGCUGGCACGUAUAAAUUCCUUGCAUACUUCAGCUUUUUCAAAUGUGGCCUGGCUUCCAACAUUGAUCCCAAGCUAUUGUCUUGGGACCUACUGCAACUCUGCUAGUGCUUGUUUUGUGGCUUCUGAUGGUCAAAAUCUUAGGCUGUAUCAAGCUGUGGUUGAUGCCCGGAAACUUCUGGAUGAACUUUCUGAUCCUGAAAUCUCGAAACUCGUUGGAGAAGUAUUCAAUAUAGUAAGCCAGCAGUCAACAGCUCGACCGGGUUGUAUUGUUGAACUGGAUAUCAUAACAGCUCAGUGUGGCUCAAAUACACAGCUCCUUCAUGUGUUUCAAGAAGAUUUUAUUUUGGGAUAUAAACCACAGAAAGAAGAAUUGAAUAAGGAGCAAGAAUUUUCUUUCAAUCAACCUGCCGAAGGAUGUCGUGCACCAUCAUUCUCUGAAAAGUUUUACCUUGUGGUGAUAGAAAGAGACAAGAGACAAUCAUUUCUUCACAUGUGGCGUCUCCAUUUGAAAUCUGUGCAGCCUCGUGUGGUGAACAUAUCGGAUAAUAAAGUAUCUAUACCAGAGGAAAAGAGCUUUAGCCUGUCUCCAAAUACUUCUGUUUUAAAUUCUCUUCCACGAUCUGCAUCGGUUGCUAAUCUUCAGUCUGCUAGCAAGUUGAUUCUUAGCUCUGAAUUAGUUUACAGUCAGCGGUUAAAUAUUCCUGAGGGAGUGGAAGUAAUCAGAGCAACUCCUUCUGCAGGUCACUUGAGUUCAUCUUCAAUCUACCCAGUCUGCCUUGCACCUUAUCUGAUAGUGACUUCAUGCUCUGAUGGUAAAGUGAGAUUCUGGCGAUGUAGUGUGGAUAAAAGUUCCAGUUCAGAAAACUUAGAGAAAGUACGUGCUUAUCAGUGGGAAACCUGGCCUUUGAUGAAUGAGGAAGGAGAACACAGUGACAGUGCAGUUAGUAUUGCAGGACGACCAGUGGCCGUAAGCUGUUCUUACACUGGACGGUUGGCUGUUGCUUAUAAAGAACCUUUACAGCCUAAUGGUGUUAUGCCGAAAGAGUUCACAAUGCAUGUCUCUAUAUUUGAGUGUGAAUCUACUGGAGGAUCAGAGUGGGUGUUAGAACAGACAAUACAUUUAGAUGGCAUAGGAAGGGUUGGAAGCGUCCUGGACUCCCGAGUUAGUGUAGAUAGCAAUUUAUUUGUGUAUAAUAAAUCUGAUCUUUAUCUCAAAGGCAACCACAUAACAUCAAACAUAAAAUAUUUGGUGCACUUGGAUUGGGUGUCAAAAGAAGAUGGUUCUCAUGUUCUUACAGUGGGAGUUGGUUCCAAAAUUCUCAUGUAUGGCAGACUGUCGGGGAUUGUAACUGAACAAGCCAGUAGCAAAGAUGGGCUGGCUGUUAUUACUUUGCCACUAGGGGGAAGCAUUAAACAAGGAACCAAGUCAAAAUGGGUAUUGUUGAGAUGUGUAGAUUUGGUGUCUUCAGUGGAUGGAACACCUUCACUUCCAGUUUCUCUUUCCUGGGUGAGGGAUGGUAUCCUGGUAAUUGGGAUGGAUUGUGAAAUGCAUGUGUAUGCACAGUGGAAACAUUCGACAAAAUCAUUAACUGAUAACGACAGUAGGAGCUUGUCAUUUUUUGAAGAAUUAGUUGAUGCCUCCCCAUUUGAGACUAAAGUAGUUUCAAAGCGACACAGUGUUGCUGAUGCAACAAGCGGUGUGGAUGAUGUAUUUGGAGUCCCAGGAAUGGUUCAAGAUGGUGGAUUGUUUGAAGCUGCUCACAUUCUUUCUCCUACUCUUCCACAAUAUCAUCCCACUCAACUUUUGGAACUUAUGGAUUUGGGCAAGGUGCGCAGAGCUAAGGCAAUUCUUUCACAUUUAGUAAAAUGUAUUGCUGGGGAAGUUGCAGUUUUUAGGGAUAAAGACCCUGGAGAGGGAGGAGGUCCUCGACGUCAUCUUUCUCGAACCAUCAGUGUAAGUGGAAGUACAGGAAAGGACACAAUUAUAGCUGGAAGAGAAGGUACACGUGAUUAUACUGAAAUAGACUCGAUUCCACCUCUGCCACUUUACGCAUUGCUAUCUGCAGAUCAGGAUACAUCCUACAAAGUUGUUGAAGAAACUCCUAAAGUAGACAAAGGUUCACGAACACAAAGUGAAAAUGAAACGGACAAUCAAUAUGCUGAUUUGUUUCAGUCUCCCAGUGUAACUACAGAUGACUUUGUUGACUUUGUAAUCGAAAAGAAGGAAUCUAGAUCUAAAGUCAUAAAUUUAUCCCAGUAUGGGCCAACAUACUUUGGGCCAGAACAUGCCCGUGUGCUUUCCAGUCACCUGAUGCAUUCAAGCUUGCCAGGACUCACGCGACUAGAACAGAUGUUUCUCGUAGCUUUAGCUGAUACAGUGGCUACCACAAGCACAGAAGUUAAUGAAAAUAGAGACAAGACCUACUCUGGAGGGGAGACACUGGAUGAAUGCGGUCUACGUUAUUUGCUUGCUAUGCGUUUACAUACGUGUCUUCUGACAUCUCUGCCUCCAGUCUACAGACUUCAACUCUUGCAUCAAGGCUUGUCCACGUGCCACUUUGCUUGGGCCUUUCAUUCUGAAGCUGAAGAAGAAUUGCUUAAUAUGAUUCCUGCCAUGCAGAAAGGAGAUCCUCAGUGGUCUGAGCUGAAAGCCAUGGGAGUAGGUUGGUGGGUUCGAAACAUCAAUACACUCCGCAAGACCAUUGAGAAGGUUGCUAAAGCUGCUUUCCAAAGAAACAAUGCACCAAUGGAUGCUGCUUUAUUUUAUCUUGCUAUAAAGAAAAAGGCUGUACUUUGGGGCUUAUUCAGAUCUCAGCAUGAUCAAAAGAUGACUGAGUUUUUCAAACACAAUUUUAGUGAAGACAGAUGGCGUAAAGCAGCUUUGAAAAAUGCAUUUGCUUUGCUGGGUAAACAGCGAUUUGAACAGUCUGCAGCAUUUUUCCUUUUGGCUGGUUCUUUAAAGGAUGCUAUUGAGGUGUGUCUAGAAAAAAUGGAUGACAUUCAAUUGGCCAUGGUUAUUGCAAGAUUGUUUGAAGCUGACUAUGAAACAUCCUCUACAUGUAAGUCCAUUCUGUAUGAAAAGGUUUUGGGCUGUAAAGCAGACGGAUCCGAAUUUGUGCCGAGCCAGUUACAUCCAGAUCCAUUUUUGCGAAGUAUUGCAUAUUGGACUCUAAAGGAUUACUCUAAGGCAUUGGAUACACUUCUGGAACAACCUGUGAAGGGUAGUGAUGAGCAUCCAGGAGUCCUCAUAAAGUCUUGCAAUCCUGUAGUAUUCAGCUUUUACAAUUAUCUUCGUGCUCACCCCUUGUUGAUGCGGAGACAUUUUGCUUCACCUGAAGGCUCUUUGGCUACUUUAGGGCUUGUAACAGAAAAAAGCAGUGAAGAUGAAAUCAACCUUAUUGAGAGGAAAUUAUUUUUCUCCACAGCAAAUGCCCACUUUAAAGUUGGUUGUCCUGUCUUAGCUCUCGAGGUACUGUCUAAGAUACCAAAGAUCUUGGCAAAAUCAAAAGUAUCCUUCAAAAGUGAAAAUGGCACAUUGAGUACUCAAGGGCAAAAUGGUGUUCAUAAGCGUCGUGGAAUUACUGAAAGUGCUCAGUGGUCACAGACUGUAGCAGGUUCUUCUGGUCUGGACAGGGAUACCAGUAAUACUGCUGGCUUUGAUUGGAGUCAGCCAUUAGUGUCAUUUGCUGAAGAACCACUAAAACUUGAGUGGGGUGAUGAUAAAGAUGAUGAAUUUGAAGAAGAGGAUUCUGGUGGGCUGAGUAUGAAAGAUGCAGAAAUAAAGCAUAAGGCUGAAGAGGAGGUAAAACAUAUUCCUGAAGAAUCUCAGUCUCUUCCGAAAGAAGAUUCCACUUCUGACUCUUGGGUUGAUGUAAUAGCGGAACAGUUAAAAUUCAGAGCAUGCUUGAAAAUUCUAAUGACUGAACUUAGGACAUUGGCUACAGGAUAUGAAGUAGAUGGAGGGAAGCUCCGAUUUCAGCUGUAUAACUGGUUAGAAAAGGAAAUUUGUGCUAUGCAUCAAAUCUGCAAUUAUAAAACUGAAACUAAAGACUCUGUUAUUGAAAUUGAUACAAAGACCAGUAGCUGUCUUGACCAGGAGGAUAUAACUCAGAACACAGAAGGAGCUUCAUACGAAAGGCAUCAGAUCGAUCGGCGGAGGCUGCAAGCAAAGCAAGAGCAUGCAGAAAGACGGAAAUGGUGGCUGCGGAAAAAUCAAGCCCUGCUUCGAGUUUUUCUAAGUUAUUGCAGUUUGCAUGGAGCUCAAGGUGGUGGGUUAGCUUCAGUCAGAAUGGAACUUAUCUUUCUAUUACAAGAAUCACAGCAGGAAACUACCAUGAAACAGCUUCAGUCUCCACUUCCUUUACCAACCACCUUGCCCCUUCUUUCUGCAAGCAUUGCUUCAACUAAAACUGUGACAGCCAACCCUGUCAUGCAUUUGACUAACCAUACCCAUGAUGUUCUGUACACGGUGGUCCAGAUGAAUUUUCCACCUCUUCCAGGACUUAAGGAUGAAAAGGUUUUCAUUCUGCACACUUUGGCUGCUUCACUCUCAGCUUGUAUUUACCAGUCUCUGUGUGACAGUCACAGCUACAGUCAAACAGCUACAAACCUGUUUACAGGAAUGGUUUAUCAGGGACUUCUGUUAGGUGAAAGACGUAGACUGCGGACUGAAAGCAUUGAAGAACAUGUAACUCCUAACUCUUCACCUUCUCAUUGGCCUGGUGUCUCAUCGCUCAUUAAUCUUCUUGGAACAACACAGGAAGAUGAUCAACCCAAAUUGAAUGUUUUGCUUUGUGAGGCAGUGAUUGGUGUUUACCUAAGCCUUUUGAUCCAUGGUCUUGCUACUCAUGAUAGCAAGGAACUCUUUCGAUUAGUUGCUCAUCCACUAAAUAAUCGAACUUGGGCUGCAGUAUUUGGAGGAGGUGCAAAAACGAUAGUAAAACCCAAAAAGCGGCCAGAGCUUACGCCAGUUCCUCCAGAGGACAUUGACCGAUAUCGACGGAGAUUUAAUAUGAAGAUGUUGGUUCCUGGUAGGCCUGUAAAGGAAACUGCAGCACCACCACCAGUACCAGCAGAAAGACCAUCCUACAAAGAAAAGUUUAUUCCACCUGAGCUCAGUAUGUGGGAUUAUUUUGUUGCCAAACCAUUCUUGCCUCCAUCUGAAAGUGGGUUUGCGUACGACUCGGAUGAAAGUAUCCCUAGUGAUGAUUAUGAUGAUGAUGAAGAUGAUGAAGAUGCUUUUAUUUCUGACACUCAGCUACAAGAGCACUCAGAUCCUGACUCCUACAGCUGGGCACUGAUACGUUUAGGAAUGGUUAAGCUUGCAUUGAACAAUGUGAGAAACUUCUUUCCUGUUGCAGGAUUGGAAUUUGCAGAUCUCCCAGUAACUUCACCAUUGGGUAAUGCUGUCAUUAAAACUUUAGAAAACUGGCAACAAUUACUACAAGUAAAAAUGGAACAGUUUGAAGGCCCACCUCCAAACUAUAUUAACACCUAUCCAAGUGAUUUCUCUGCAGCUGCUGGACCAGCCAUUCUGCGACACAAAGCAAUGCUUGAACCAGAAAACACUCCAUUUAAGUCACGACAUCACUCAACUUUUCCUGUUAAAAGACUAUGGCACUUCUUGGUAAAACAAGAAAUGUUGCAAGAUACAUUCAUAAGAUUUAUAUUCACAAAGAAAAGAAAGCAAAGUGAGUCAGUAGAAGACCAUGUGGAUCAAGUCAAACAAAACUGCGUAGCGGAACAUCAUGGAAGCAACAAGGUUGAAGCAGAAAUGGGCUAUCCAGGUAGAAAAGCAAAGAUUAUUCACAAAGAUUCAGAUGCCAUAAUGGCAUUUGCAAUUAAUAAGGCAAAUUCCAAUGAGAUGGUUUUGGCUUCUACUCAUGAUGUUCAAGAACUUGACAUAUCUGCAAUUCUAGCUGCCCAGCCUUAUACUUGGAUUGGUGACGAUUCAGACAAGGAAUCUAGAAGUUCUGAUGAUCUUGAACAUCGCUCAACAGUGAGCAAUAGCCAAACAAGUACAAGCCAUUUUGGAUCCAGCCAGCUCUCUGCUUCUUCUUCGAUGCCUUGGCUCGGAAGUGGGCAAACCAGUACAGGAGCCACGGUGCUCAUAAAGAGGAACUUGAACAAUGUGAAAAGGAUGACAUCACAUCCAGCCCACCGAUAUUAUCUCACAGGUGCACAAGAUGGAAGUGUUCGAAUGUUUGAAUGGAAUCGGCCACAGCAGGUUAUAUGCUUCCGCCAAGCUGGCAAUGCCAGGGUUACUCGACUACAUUUCAAUUCCCAAGGCAAUAAGUUGGGGGUGGCAGAUGGAGAAGGUUUUCUGAGCCUUUGGCAAGUCAACCAAACUGGAUCUAAUCCUAAGCCUUAUCUUAGCUGGCAGUGUCACAGCAAAGCUGCUGGUGACUUUGCAUUUGUUACCUCCUCAAGUCUCAUAAUGACAGCAGGACAAUCUAAUGACAACAGAAAUGUUUGUUUAUGGGAUACAUUAAUUUCACCGCAGAGCAGUCUUGUACAUGGUUUCGUCUGCCAUGACAAUGGUGCCACUGUGCUUCAGUAUGCACCAAAGCAGCAAAUUCUGAUCUCUGGAGGCAGAAAAGGUUUUGUUUGCAUUUUUGACAUCAGGCAGAGGCAGUUACUACAUACAUUUCAGGCUCAUGAUUCUGCAAUUAAAGCCCUUGCUUUGGACUCCACAGAAGAUUAUUUUAUUACAGGUUCAGCUGAAGGGAAUAUGAAGGUGUGGGGUUUAACAGGUCAUGGAUUAAUUCAUUCAUUUACAAAUGAACAUGCCAAACAGUCAAUCUUUCGAAACAUUGGUGCAGGAGUUGUGCAGCUGGAAAUUGGGCCAGCCAAUCGUAUCUUUUCCUGUGGAGCAGAUGGAACUUUGAAGACACGGGUUUUGCCAGACUAUUUUAAUACUCCUGCUGGAACAUUUGACAACUUGUAGGUUAACUGGGCUUGCUUGCUUUGGCUUCUGGCUAUUGAUAAAAACACAUGGGCAUCUCACAUAUGCUGUGAAGUGCGUAACCUGCUUGUGAGUUGUGUUUGAAUGUGAAGGGACUCGAGGCUCAGUUUUUGCAGUUUUUGAUUAGCAAUGGACAGGAGCAGAUUUUAAAUAUAUGUUAAGCAAAAGGAAGUCAUUUGAAGAAUUAGUGUUGCGUUGUGGCAUAAAGCCAUGAAGAAAUCGUAUCAUAAACCAGAGGACAGAUAUGCAUGUACUGUAUCAUUCUUUUAAAAGUGCAGUUGCAGGUUGUUGAUAAUGCUUUGUAUAGACAAUGCAAAAGUUUUUGGUGUACUGUAAGUGUAUGGACAUUUAAAAAUGUGCCCAUGGUUAAAAUCCAUCAGCACUGUAUUGGAAAAUCCUAUAUGUAAUGAUGGCGUGAGUUGAUUUAUAAAAAUUUGAAUUCAUUAUUUUACUUUUCUCUUCAGAGGGAAUUUUUAGUGACACUGAAGAAGGUGCAGAUAGUCUUAACUGAAAGCUAAAAUGCAAAAAAUGGAAUGCAGAGUCAAUAAGCUGUACAGAUUAAUUAUGUCAGUUUAUAGGUACUUUUGAAAUUUUAAUUUAAUCACUCAACCAACUGGUGAUUGAAAUGACUAUUUUAUGUCUUUUUGCACACUGUUAUUAAGCCUUCUGAGACUGUUGAACUCCUAUUACAAUCUGUUUGCCUUUAAAAUUAUAAAGUGCAGCGCAGUGUAAUAAUGACAUCAUUUAUCUAUACUUGAAAGUAAAGGAACCAGAUGGGAUUUUGUUUCGGUUUCUUUUGCUCAUUCUGCGUUUUAAUAUUAUUUUUGUUUAUUCAUUGAGUCCAACCAUUGCAUUCUAAUUAAAAGGAAGCUAUGAAGACUUGCUAUUUAAAAGAAUCUAUAUUGAUGUGAAAAAAUGGUUGCAUUUCCUUGGACGAAUGUCAGGCUUAACUGGCGCGACAUUUUAUGUAAUAUUAUGACCAAUUAAGUUAUUUUGAUCUGUGAAUUAACAUAACUUGUAAUCAUUGCUGUGUAUGUCUGCUAUUUUGCCUGUAAUAUGCUGUUUAAUUUAUUAUAUUUUUAUGUUUUCAGUAUGUAUAUGUUGCUAACAAAUAUGCUAAGUAAAAUUUGAGGACCUUCAAUCAGUAUUUUGACACGUCUGCGAAGUUGUCUUCUGCUUAAAUUUUGUGUCUGUGUCUGUAAUAAAUUCAUUGCAUUUCUUUGUGGACUGAGCAAGAUGUGGACUUUUCAUCUGGCGCUUGAAAAUGUAUUUCAAACAAUAGUUGUGCUUACCUUUGUAAGUCAAAUAAAUUAUUUUUAA